AUGUGUCUAUACACAUUAUUUGCUGCCAAUCUGUUCAGCAGUCGGAAUAUUAAGUCAAUACGGGCCAUGUCAAUUUUGGAGGGCUCUUUGAUAUCCGAGGAAGACAGGAUUGAUUCCGAUAUUGAGGCGGACAUACUUCAAGCUACUAUCGAUGAGGGUGCUACUCUGAGGACAUGCUCUCCAGCCUCUCUACAAUCUGUUCAGUCAUCCAAACAAUCUAGCACUUCAGUGUUUAUUCGAAAGGCUCUCCUAUCAUCUGUAUCCAGUCAACUUAGGAACGCUGUACUAAAAGGCACCGUUGGAGACCCCUCAUGUAUAUCGUUUCGUAAGUAUCUGGCGAUUGGCACUAGCAAAGGCGUCGUGUUUAUUUUCAAUUUACACCAAGUUUUGAGACUUUGUUUUGGUAACAUAAGUCCGACAAAUUCUCCUGAGGCAAAAGCUGGUGAAGGUCAAGGUCCAAUAACUGUUAUAAGUCAAAACCCGAGUGGCACUUUGUUAAUGUCUGUUUACCGCAGUGGUAGAAUUGCAGUUUGGCAAAUUCCUGCAUCACUCUUAUCUGACGAAUCUGAACAAGAAACAAUUAAAGGCCGUCUUUAUAAUCCAGAUGAUGAGUCUGACAGCACAGGAAAAUCACAGCAUGAUGACAUCAACUCUAGUCAAAGUUCUUUGCAACAAGAAAUUUCGAUGACCCCAAAAAAGAGAAGUUCAAUUUCUUUAACCUAUACAAGUAGUUAUGGACGCCUUCUAUGCGUAAUCAAUGAUGCACACGGCGUUGACCAUUCUGUUAGUCUUUGUUCUUUUACCACUGUUUCUUCACUGGCUGCUUGUGUCGACACUGGUGGAUCGGUAUUUCAACUCAAGUUCACGAAAGGAUUAGUCGGUAUGAAAGUUGAAUCCAUGUGCUUCUUUUCUGGAAGUCGCGUCGAAAUAUGUGCUAUGGAGGCUCUUGGAUUAAAUGCUGUGCGAAGCGAUGGACAUCGUGAUCCGAAACAGUUGGACAAUCAGCAUAAAGCAGCCAAACUUUCAGUCUUAUAUUCGUCUGCUCUUCUAGCUAUGGCGUCUUUUAACAAGUUGAUUAUUGUGCAAUUGCGUCCUCGUAUUCAAGUUGCCUACUGGCAACCAUUGAAGGGGCCACCUGCACUUCUCCCCUACUUGAAUUGGUACUGGUGUACUGAUUCUGUAGACAAAGCAUUUAUUGCUUUUGGACGGGGAUCAGGAAUUCAAAUUAUGCAAGUGUCUAGAGUUUCUGGAUCAAAUAACACUUCAGUGGAUUCUUUACAAGUGACAGAGCCCAAUUUUCCAGACAGUUCUACUCUUCUGCGUUCAACUGUUUGCAAAAACAACGAGAAUCAACUUGACUUCAAAUUGUUGUAUUCCUUUAGUUUUGAGCAAAAUUUCCUCAAUCUGAAGUGGAUUUCUUACAAUCAAGUUAUCGCCGUUGAUGAAAGCGAACAACUUUAUUUACUGAGCAGUUCGACCGGUGAAAUAUUAGAAACUGUUGAUAUUUCAAAUAUGCGUCUCCGUUAUAAUUCUGAUUUAUUUAAAUAUCCGAGAAUUAGUCAAGCUCUCGCUUUUGCUGGUGAGCGAGCUUGUAUGCAUUCACUUACCGCUUAUGGAUCUCAGCUGCUGUUACUUGGUGACACUGGACUGUAUUUGAUUGCACUACGUACGUGGAAUGAGAGCGUUACUUUUCUUCUACGAUGUAAACAACUUCAUUUGGGUCUUAGAUAUAUGGAGGAUGCGUUGAAAUCAUUAUCUGUAGUAAAACAAGCUGAUACUUUGUCUACGCCUGAAAAGCAUGAACAAGAUUCCAAUAUAUCAUCAAUGCAUAAUCAUAUUUUAAGUAUUUUACGCGGUGAAGUGCUUUCUGCAUUACUUUCUGAGAAUGAAGAAGACUAUAAUUGGUUACCUGUAUCUUCAGUAAUAGAAUCCAUAGUUCGGAUAGCCUGUAUGAUUAAGCAGCCUGGCUUCAUAUGGUCAGAGUUAUAUCCAGCUGUUCGUCAGUUUCCCAGUUUGACAUCUGCCUUAUUUGCUGCUACGUUUUCUAUUUUAAAAUCACUGCCUCCUUAUGGACAACUUCGCACAGAAACAUCUCAGUCUACACACGAAAUUAAUCCCAGACAACAGUUCAUUUAUCUUACUCCUGAUAUGACCAAACAUUUUAUUGACUGGUGUUUAGAUCAAGAUGAUAUAAUGGAUCUAAACAUAAAUGAAACUAAAUCAUCGGACAAUAAUACUUUGGUCAACAAAAGACUCAGGACAGAGAUAUGUCUUCUUCGUUUACACCCAUCGUGUUUGGACUUAAAUUAUGUUGUAAAACUUUGUUGGACACACAGUUUAUUGGAUGCCUACUUACAUCUGUAUACGGAUAUUUUGAUGGAUUUUGAAACACCUUUUAGAGAUCUUACAAUGUUCUUGCUUAAAAGUAUAGACAGUUUAAAUGGUGAAACAGAUGUCGCAGUCAAAAACGAUGAUAACAGAACAGCAAAGUAUGGACAUUGUUUACUUGUCUUACUUCGUUCAGCAUUUGCCGGUGAAUCUUUCUGUCAUCAACGUCUACCUCCCCCAAUGGAUCAAGAUAUUCCUCUAAAGAUUUUUAAUCUAAUGUUGAGUGAAUCCCUUAGUAACGUUAAAUCUCCUCCCGCAUUUCUUCGAAAUGUUAAAUAUCCUCUUCUGCAUAUACUUCUGCAGUACAGUCCAAUCGAUGUGUUGAAUUUGCUUACACUGUCAAUUUCUGACGAUGAAUUCUUUGUUAAAGGAGAACUUGGACAAUCAAGACGUCAACGUCUCUAUUACUGUCUUAUUCUUACGUCGCUGUCACCAUCAACUUUAUCCUCACCAACAUCUAACGGAAGUUCUCAUGAGAAUACAAAUGGUGCAGUGGAACAAUCAUAUCAAGUGAACUGCCAGAUGCAAGGGAUUGAUAUUAGCAUACCUUGUCGGAUAUUUAUCUUCAUAAUACAUCAGCUUAGCUCAAAAAACAAUGAAGAAAUAAAAAUUGAUCACAAUCUAAUUUAUCAGCUUUUUCAACGAGUUUGUAACUCAUGUGAUAAACUGCCUAAAACUUUGCUCACGGAAUUUGAAUUAGCAGUUAUCGAGUCAAUUGAAACAGGACGAUUAAAACAUCUAGAACAGUGUGUUUCUAAAAGCUCUGAAAUAGGAUUAUAUAAAGUCUGUGAACACAUCCAUCAUACUUGUGGUAAUGAACUUCUUGUUUUAAAAUAUCGAAUACUUCGCUUAAAGAAUCGUAUCCUGGAUAAAUGCAAUGACCCUUCUGCAAUUGUAUCAAUCCACUCAGACGCUGAAGCAGUCAAACUAGCCAGUUGCAUUUUCCAGUAUUUGGAACUCAGCCUAUGCCAUGAUAAUAAGGAAUUCAAGAAUGAUAAUGAACAGUUCAAGAAUCUGUUAUCUAUUUGCUUUGAACAGACUGAAGUUCUUGCUGAUUGGGAUGAAGACCGAACACUGAAAGUAUUAUUCAAGCUGACAAAUGCUUCAAUAUCUGAACUGCUUGAUUUGAUCAAUCGUUAUGUGAAAGAAAAGUCAUCCAACCAACGUGCUACUUAUCUAAUCUUACGAGCGUAUUUCAAAUAUCGUCAGUGUCAAAGAAGAGUUUCACAAGAAACUACACCCAAUGCUUCAGAUGGUGAUGACGAUGACAAUGAUGAUCAUGAAGACGAUGCAGAUACAGUCUCUAAUAACUGGAAAGAAUUUCUGAAAAAUUGUAGCAUGGAUGUUAUGGAGUUAUACAUACACUUGCUAAUUUGCUACGGGCUGACAUCGUCUUCUGAUGCAUUGUUAAAUUUCAUAGAAUCCUAUGAUGACUAUCGCGUGGAUUUUGUAUUAAAGAUUAUAUCAGUGGAAAAGUAUCCUAGAGAAGUUGCCUAUCUGUAUGAAAAGUCUGGAAACUUUACAAAAGCUAUGGAGUUAUAUGAACAGGUUUUUUCUGAAGCUUGGAAAAAGCUAAUCAAAACGGAACAUGAACUGGGAAGUAAUUCUGCAGAGCUGACUUCUAAUAAUAAUAAUUGUAAACUGCAUAAUCCGGCAACAGGUGAAUGUAAUUCAAUGCUACAACAACUUUAUGCUGAUGUUGAGCAAGCUAGUCAACGUCUUUUAAGCUUCUGUCAGCGUAGAUGUGCACAAGCAAAUAAUCAAUCAGAGAUUGAAGUUAUAUGGUUCAGCGUAGUCGAUUUACUUAUGAAGUGCGAAUUCCUUCAAAAUCAUCCUGUGUUAAAUGCCUACUUGAGUGGCAUAUUUUACAGUGCCUUCUCACUAGUCAUGACUUAUUUGCCACCAGCUACUAUUGUAUCGCAUAUCUUGAAUAUGGAUGGUACACAAACCACAAUGAAUUUAAAAAUUAAUUUACUGGUGAAGAAGUUUAUCUCGGCUUGCCAGUUCGAAGCAAAUCAGAUGGUGCUAAACAAACGGUUAGCAGGUCAAGAGUUAACUAUCAAGCAAUUUCGAAUAUUUACACAGUACAAAUGUGGUUUCAGUAAUCACAUCCUUAUCUGUUCAUUGUGUGGACUAGAUCUUCGGAGGAACAAUUUACUGACUAGACGAAACUGGAAGACAAGUGUAAUCACCAAUGGUGACAAACCUUCGAAUCCAAAUCGCCUUGUAGUAUUCCAAUGUCAUCAUGCAUUUCAUGAAGAAUGUCUUCAAGAAUGCAAAGGUACUGCACAAACGUCUAAGAUUCAAUUUUGGUCGUGUUUAAUAUGUCGACCUACAAGUCAUACUCCUGGAAAUAAAAAUGACUAUUGUAAUAAUGGCGUCACACCACAAUCAGAUGACAUUCGGCUAGACAAUCCUCCAGUUGCCUCAUCUGAGGAAAAUUCCAAUAGUCUACUGUUUUAGGGUAAGUGGAUUAGUUGUCUUUUAUUUAUCUUUCACCUCGCUGCAUCUUAUCCAAAGGGCUUCAUAAUCUACUAAACGAUACGACAACUGUCUUUGCUUUUUAUUAUUCUCAAAACUCUAGAUACCAUAAUAUUGUCUCUAGUUUAAACAGAGGUGCCAAAUAUGUUCGGUGUGCCUUCCUUGA